UCCCCAGCCAAAUAUUCGGUUGCGAGGCUAUUCUACUAAUACCCGAAUUCAGAAAUAGUUGGUCCAAAGGAAUUUCUGUAUCGAUUUCCAUUUUGGGAUAAUUACAAAUAAUCUCGGCUUAUGAUCUUAAUUGCUCUUAUUUACACAACACUUCUCAGCAAUCUUGAAUAGCUCUUUAACUGUGGUCGAUAUCUACCUGUAAACUAGUGUAUUACGUAUCCAGUUUCCAGCGGACACUAUGGGGUAUUUCACUCAAAAUAGCACACCAAAAUGUAAUUUAUGGGCGGCCAGCAUUAAACCAUCCCCCACACGACAAGUGCCGCAACUCGAAUAAUCAGAAUUUUGAGAAUUACCAUGAUUAAUAAGGACUUUUUAUAAGGGCAAAUUUUUAUUUACGGCUAUUCUCAGUCGCUCUCAUCACGUGGUCAGCAUAUCGAGUUUGUAUAACUGUUAGUAAUGCCCUAUUAUCAUACUUUAUACGGUUAAUAAUCAACUCUGUGCGGUGGCAAAAAGGAGAUGGGCGAUCCAUGAAGCAAAUUUGCGACGAUAACGGGAUCGGGGAGGAGUAUUAUUCCACCCGGGCAAACCUAUUUUUCAAAGGAUUGAAGAAGUUUUCUCUGCAAUUGAAUACUUGUUCGUCAAUCGGAUCACCAGCCACACUGAGGGCGCCCUGGAUGAAAACCCGGGCCGACGCGAUUACCCGGGUGACCUCGAUUUCUAUGAUAGGCGAAGAUUUCCUGGGGUGAAAAUUUGUCCAAGCUUUGCAAACCAGGGGAACUUUGCGGUAUCAAAAUUUGACAGAGAUUCGACUAACUUGCAAGUCAGAGGAUGGAUAAAUUUUCUCACCAGCCAUUGAACCAGCCAUUGAAGAAGAUUACGUUGCUUCUGGAAAAUCGAUACCUUUCCGAAUUUGAGGAUUUGCUGAAAAAAUUCGCUCCGUCCCUGGAAUCGCUGAACUUUUGUGUCGUUACGGAUGAAUUGGCAGAAGAACCCCGUUUCGUUUUGAAUCUUCCAUGUUUUCCUAAAUUGAGAAGUUUAGACGUGUAUUUUGGAAGUUUAGAGAGACCGUUUGAGCGAAAACCGGAGGAUGUAUAUUGAGAUAAACCAGCCCAACCGUUCGACAAACGCAGUUUCCAUUAUUUAGCGAAAGGCAGAGUGAGACUCGGAUUCUGGUGGGUAUCCACCACCACGGCUGACUGUCGUUGCCAGUGCCGUAUGGUGGUCCGUCUCACUUCUCACUCUCUUCAAAUUGUUUACCGGGAUUAUGAACCAACUCGUGUUGAGAUGCUUUUCAUCUCUCACACGAGUGGUUCAUUUUAUAAAAUUUGGAUAAACUAAAUUUGCUUAUCUGAAAAAUCGAUAACUUCAUUGAUAAGCUUCAAAGCGUGAAUUUUCGAGUGGAUGUCACCAUUGUACAUUCAGAAAAGCUUAAGUUUUAAAUUUUGGACGAUUUGGAUAAACUAAAUUUUCUUAUCUGAAAAAUUGAUAACUUGAUUGAUAAGCCUCAAAGCAUUAAUUUUCGAAUGCACAUCAUCAUUAUAAAUUCAGAAAGGCUUAUGUUUUAAAUUUGGGGCGAUUUGAGGCUGUUUUAAUGACUUCGGUAAUUACGAUUAUGUAUAUCAUAAGCAACCUUGCAUUUGUUACGGCUCUUGCUGUGUAAGCCCCUCCCUCAGAAACUUUGACCCCAAAAAACUCAUUGUUCCGGUCAUUUUGAGUCGGGCAACAAAAGCUGAAAAUGUAGCUUUUGUCAAGGAGAAAAAUCUGGCAUCAGGUUGUCAGACUCAAAAUGACCGGAACAAUGAGUUUUUUAGUGAUUUAUGUGUAUGCAAAAAAACCGAGCCCGACUUCCGGGGAUAUUUCCGAACGUCCAGAACGAAUGGAUGGCCAGGUUGAGGGGGAAGAUUGAUAAGUAGGAUAUACAUUUAUCAAAUUUGUUAAUUAACCGCUGAUUUGUGAAAUAAGUAAUUUAAUUUAAAUCUAUUGUUUUUCCUUUAAUGAAAUUUGAAACAGUAGUUACACAAUUUUGGGUGUUUUUUUACCUUACCUCUGUCAUUUUCAUUAGAGUAAGAAUUAAAUGAUUCGACAAGCAGAUCCGCCGACUAUUUCAAAAGUAGAAAUACUCUAUUGCAUUAUGUUCCCCACAUGAAAAGAAUUAAAACUGAACAAUUUACUCAUAAUUAUGAGUAUUCAGCCAUUUAUUUACAUAUGUACUCAAAUGUUCAAUACAUAAAUCUACAUUACAUAAUAUGACAAAUUUACAAUCUUGUCAUGUUUUUAUUUGAUUUUGUUUUGAUUGAUUUUUCACAUUUUCCAAACAUGUAUCCGUCUCACACAAUAAAAACAUCACCACUCUGAUUUUGGGGCAAGUUGAGCCGUCUCAAAUUUUUCUCACGACCUGCCAAUCAAGCGCGCAGCUCAACCAUCAAUCCACGAGCACAGGUGAAGCGUUCAUAAAAUUAAAGUACACGAAAACCAGUAGGAGCUGAUAAGAGACGAUAAUGUCGGGGAUUCUGUUUCUUUUUUUCUUUCUCCUUCUCUUGCCGAGAAGCCUUGCACAGGAGACGGCCCAAUCCCCUCCCUCCAUCGUGAACCAGCCCCCCGCAGGCGAGCUUCUUGUCCCAAUCUAUGAUUUACUAGGAAUGGUGUUUGGUUUGCCAUUCACCCUGCCCUGCGAGGCGACAGGGGAACCCACCCCGACCUACAUCUGGACAAAAAAUGGGGCCCCAUUUAACUGGCAGGAGACAGGACGAUAUUCACAAACCCCCGGCAGCGGCACCUUGUACGUGGACUCUCCAAGGGAUGAAGACAUGGGGCACUACCAGUGCUUCGCCAAGAACGAGCUUGGGGUCGCGACGAGCAACGCCGUCUUGGUGAGGAAGUCGGAGAUGGACCCAUUUCUGCGGAUGGAACGUCGCACUUUCGUCGUGGAAGAGGGCAGCCCCUUGAAUUUGACGUGCCAUGCGCCAUACGCAUAUCCCAAACCGACGCUUUACUGGGUCUUGGUGAACGAGCAUGAGAUGCUUAACAUAACGGACCCCCGGAUAACGACAGACCAGGAAAAAGGUACCCUCUGGUUUUCCAAUGUGACCCUUGCCGACAGAAGCACAACGUAUUUGUAUUACUGCGCAUCUGAAUUAGCAAUCAGAUACGAGAGGAACAUUGGGAGUCCAGUUUAUCUGGGUGUUCGUCCGGUCAAUAGCUCCGAUCCGGCCAAGAUUUACCCUCCGGUCUUCCAAUAUGUUUCUAAAACUCAAAUGGUCGCUCUGAGAGGAGGAUCGGUGUCCCUUUGGUGCAUUGUUAGCGGAACACCGUUGCCGGAUAUCAAGUGGGUCAAGAAGAACAGCCUUUUUCCGAAUAAUACAGAACGUCUGAAUCAUGGAAAGACCUUGCAGAUUAAUGAUAUUGAUUUUAAGGACCAAGGGAGCUACUAUUGCUAUGCUUCAAACGGAAUUGGUAGUCCGAUCUCUUAUGUGAUCCAUUUGACGGUUGAAGCCGUCCCGUACUUCACUACUGAGCCGGAGAAUCAGAAUUUGCUAGCCGAAGGUGAGACGGCCAAAUUUCAGUGUGAAGCCGGCGGACGACCAGCCCCACAGAUAACUUGGAUCCACAAUGGAAAACAUCUCGCAGAAGCAGCACCCAACCCGAGGAGACAUCAAAUCAGAAAUGUGAUCUUCAUUCAAAAUGUGACCAAAUCUGACAUUGGGAAUUACGGAUGCAACGCGACUAAUCGCUUGGGCUAUGUGUACAAAGACUUCUAUCUCAACGUGGUCGUGGUGGAUCGUCGUGUCACAGAAAUAUCUGAAAUUCACCAACAACCGACCGGAUGGAUUAUUGGGUUAUCUGUAACAAUCCCUUUGCUCCUUAUCAUCUUCAUCUUGGUCUUGGUCUUUAAGCGAGCACGUGCAGGAAACUAUGCCGUUGAUGAGACGACGAUUUAGUUUAAGUAAAUGAAAAAUAUAAAAGUUUCUUAAAUUGUUACGACAUGCCUGCAUAAUUUUCUCUGCGUGGUAUUUAUCUGUGCUCCGCUUAAUCAAUUUCUAUUUUUAUAUUUCACUUGUAGAAUAAUUAGUAAAUGGUGUAAAAUAUGUAUGUAAACUGACUUGGUGAACGGUUCCUUAAUACGCUUAUUUGUAGCUUAAUAGACGUAGGAAAUUAAAAGUUAGUUUUUUAUAAUUUUAUGACAAUUAAAUAUUAUAUGUAAUUAUUGGUUAAAUUUAGUAAAAUUUAAGAAGCGCAAUAAAUGGUAAUUUGUACUAAUGAAUGAAUACGUAA